AUGCAAUCAUCGGUAUCAGGGCUGCUUGACUUGCCGUCGCUCGUGCUGAAGUGCUCCAACGGAGGGCUGUACGACGAAGCGGUUGACGUUAUGAUGCUGGCAGAUGAACGUAUCGCUUCCCUACGAGCCAGCGGUUGCUGCGGCAUGCCUUUGCUCGACUUCCUGGAGAUGCAGUGGUUUGCGCGCGGCAUCAGACAUACAGAAUCUCUGAAACUUCAUUUGUGUUUGCGCUUUGCCGUCAGUGGUUUGCGCGCGGCAUCAGAGCUGCUUCGCGUGGAUGUUUUGCAAACAGCUAUAAACUACCGGGCGAUAUUCGGUUCAACGGAUGGGCGAUUGUCGGCUUGGCUGGCGGAGCAGGUGCACUGGUUUGUUAAAUUACUCGAUAAAGAGCUUCUGCAACGCACAGAGAUAUCAGAGCCAGUUGAUGGUGAUUCCAUAGGAGCAAGAGCGUCACUUGAUCUUGCAGCGGUUGAAGCAGGCGUGACGCAGAAGAACGUGCGACCCGUACCAAAAUUCAGAGUGGGAUUAUUGGAUCUCGCCACGAUACUCAGACAAGUGCAUACUGCGGCAACAGCAUUUCGCCGAGUGCAGUGCUACUUCUUCCCCGUAGCGGCCCUCACAUUUGACCGCUACGUUGUCGCAAUGCAUCGAAGAAGACUUGAAGAGAUUGCUGCGGCCUUCGCGCGGAGUAUCGACGAGUACGACUGCGUGCCGUCAACGGCUCAUCUAAGCCUGCUGGGGACCUCGCCUUGGUUCCAAUCGUGCCUCUCUGCCAACCGUAGCUGCGUCUUCCUACUGCGGCAUGCACCCCUAUCAAAUCUCUACAACAGCAUACUCGAAGUAGCCAAUGCCUUCCAGGAGUGCCCUAUUUCCACAACAGCCCCCGUCGUUGUCAGCUUGAUAGAAAGCCUUUUGGCUUUCUGCAUACGCAAGCUGAUUUCCGUGAAGCCGGGGAGGCGCGAGAACUUCGAAGCAGAGAUAAAUGCGAUUGAGCAACGUUUAGUUCAAAAGGACGACGGACGUGAAGGCAGCGUAACCCAAGCGGAAUUCUUCGUUUUGUGCGACAUAUUCGCUACUGUACUGCUUCCGGCAGUCGCACAGCAACUUUCGUCGACUUUUCCUCUACCGACAGGCUUGGCUACUGAGGAAUUGCGGUCGCUGAUGGCGAGUGCAGACCUCUGUCGCAGUCCAAACCCGUUCACGGAUGCAUGCUCCGCUCGCGACGAGCAGCCCACGGGUCUUGAUAGUCCCACGGACACUUUACCCGUUGUUCCGUGA